CCAAGUUUACUGACUGGGAGACCCGGCAAGGCCUGGCCACACUGGCGAAUGGUAUGAUGUACAACAACGGGGACCUGAUCAUUCCACAAGACGGGUUCUACUAUGUCUACUCACAAGUCGUCUAUUACCGCUUCCUGUUGGACAAGACCACUGGGAGAAAAGACACACCCUACCAGAUGAUCCACUUCGUGUUGAAGCAGACGUCCUACCCUGAACCACAGGAGAUACUGAAGAGUGUUAGGAGCAGCUGUUGGUCGAGGAAAGCGGAGUUCGGGCUGCACACGUCGUACCAGGGAGGGGUGUUCCGCCUCCAGAGAGGAGACAGGAUCUGGGUGGCGUGUUCUAACUUACACCUGGUCAGCCUGGACGAGACGGCGAGCUUCUUUGGCGCUUUCAUGGUUUAG